CUUGCAUGGCGACUACUACGGAGUAUGGGGACAAGGGAGUGACUUUUGGAAAAUGUGGAUUUAAACGUUUAUUUUUACCAUAGUUCACACAUUUUAUAGCCCGUACCGAUCGCCGUUGGGAUUCAGAUGAAGCUGGAUUUCUUUCAGAGGAAGUUCUGGACCGCUAGUAGACAGUGUGCUGCUCUGGAUGGGAAGUGCACCAUUAGCUGUGAUAAUGAGGACAUCAAGUGUUACCUUAUAGACAACAACGGAUUUAUUCUGGUCACAGAGGACUACUCUCAGACGGGGCUGUUCUUUGGAGAGGUGGAGAGUGCUGUUAUGAACAAGCUGCUUCUCAUGGGCUCCUUCAAAAGGAUCACUCUGUAUGACUACCAGGCUCUCUGUAGAGAGUAUGCUGGCAACAGUGACAGCGCACGCUCUUUAUCACAUCCCUUCUCCAUGGUGAAAUGGCUCCUGACCAAACUUGUCAUUUUCCUGCUGGAGUUCAACCUUUACAGCUGGUGGCAUGUUGAUCUCUCAAAGGUCAGUGUGUGCAAGAAUAUACCUUGA